GUGAGAACCCGGGUACUGAAGCGCGCGCGCGAGAACUGUCACGCCCGUGGCCACAACACGUGGAUGUGACAGGCUCGCGGGACGUCACAGUCGCGCGCACCUUUGUGGCCGCCACCAAGCCGCCACCGACGUGCCUUCACAACCCUUUCUCAUCCACUCAUCUGUCCCCCCUCGUCCCCCCUCCUCCUACACGCGUGUACCGCUGUAAAUUGACCAAACUAUCAACACUUGCUAUAUCUGCAACGUCGUCGACGGCACAACCGUGACGCGAGCACAAAGCCGUCAUCCUCGCCACAGAAUUUACAAGCAGGCCCCUAUUCGGCCAGACAGGCUGAAGACUACUCAGUGCUGAGAUUGCUUUGAAUAUUUAUGCGACGCCACUAUGCCUCCCGGCACACCAUACGGCUCGUUCGUCCGGAAUUAUAAGAUCCGCGUUGACAACUUCACUGGGACGGAAGAGAAAGUCGCCCUUCACUUACUCACGCAUACGCACACCGACCACUUGAUGGGACUGUCCGCUCAGUCGUUCGGGCAUGUGAUCGUGUGCUCGCAAGACGCGAAGGAAAUGCUCCUGCGACACGAAGUGUACAACGAGCGGGCUCUGAAAGACAUGGACCUGCGUGCAGAGAAGAUCAGGACUUUCAAGCAUCUGAAGGUCGAACCGAGACGGUUUGAGGACGGCACGGUUGAUCAUACGGGCUCGAGGGACCUCCUGAGAGCAGUGCCCCUGAACACGCCGACCGAGAUCAGACCGAGCGACGAUGAAGUCAUCUAUGUGACUUUGUUCGAUGCAAAUCAUUGUCCGGGCGCAGUCAUGUUCCUGAUCCAAGGCAACAAGGGCACGGUGCUGCACACCGGCGACUUCAGGGCGGAACCGUGGUUCCUGGAGUCCAUAACAAAGAACCCGUUCCUGCAACCCUUCCUCGCGGGGCCGGAAUCAUCAUCGGCAAUGCAUGCGAGACCAAAGCGGAAGUCGAGUGCUGUCGCAGAGACCCUCGAUGCGAUCCACUUGGACACCGCAUGCUUAUUGAGCACGAUCAGCGUACCGACGAAGGCCGAAGCAACUUCUGGUUUGGUAUCGCUCAUGUCGCUACUCCCAUCGAAGACCCUUUUCUUCAUCAACUCUUGGACCUGGGGAUAUGAAGACGUCCUCAAAGCCGUCGCGCGUGCAUUCGACAGUCAGAUCCACGUCGACCGCUACAAGCACGGCGUGUACAGCAACCUCGCCGGCGACCCCUUCCUGAAGCGCAUCAUAACUAUGGACGCGGCCAGCACGCGUUUCCACGCCUGUGAGCGCUUCAACCGGUGCGAACAUGUCAACGUCGAUGGGAAUGGUGGCCGCGCGCCUACCGCUGCCGCCAAUGCCGGCCCUAGCUUGAGCACCACGGGGAAGCACGUCGUGUACGUCAACCCGGUUACGAUGGGCACCGCGGGGUGGGAACUCUAUUUGAAGACGACGAAGGAGAAGAUUAAGUCUGGCGAAGUCAUCAAUCACUUGCUGGUCCCGCUCUCACGGCAUUCUCCCCUUCCCGAAUUGCGCGCCUUUGUCUCCUUAUUCAAGCCCAAGGAGCUCAUUCCCAAUACGCUCGACCCAGCGUUGAAGGGUCUCGACUGGGCGUGCAUGCCCGAGAUGUUCUCCGGCUGCCUCGCCUCAGACGGCGUCACGGGUGUGAGGCCCGAGACCGACUACUCCGGGGCUGACAUACGAGAUAUGGCGCACGAGCUGCUCGGAGAGGCCGGAGAAGACGUCGCAAUCAGAAAUCUCGAGGGCGACGGCGCUCGCGAACUCGCCGAGCGAUGGGCGGAUAGUGGGAAGUUCAGGCGGAAGCUCGAGGUAAUGCACCAGUACCUCAGGGGGAAGGACCGCGUGAUCGUAGAGCGGAUCAUGGAGGGAGGGAAGGACGCAACCCUCGACUCCGAUCCAAUCUCGUCGGACGUGGACCUGGCCAAGCCGGUCGAUGUCGCCGAUAUGCAGCAGCCUCCCAAGUCGCAGCCCGCGUUCCGAGGAGGACGCGCGACGGCGGAAGAGACAGCGCGAGCGAUGGCACGUUUACGUGCCGCGUCUCGGGUCUUCGCAGCUGCCGGUAGUGACGAGGACACUGAGGACGAAGAUGCUGAAGAGCAGCGAGCGAGGACGGCACAUCAGCUGUUCGCUACGCAGGCGGGCAUCUACGAGGACCCGUUCGGGGCCUCUCUCAGGAGUUCAUCACCUGUCUUGUCCAGCCCGUCUUGUACGCCGCGAAAGCAAAUCGCAAAUCAGACUUCGCCCAAAGUCUCGAGUAUGGUAUCCAGCGAACUCCCCGCGACAGCCUCGUCGAAGGACGGCCCGCGAAGUGAGAAGACUGGAAUGCAAAAACAGAUACUCAUGCCACGAGCGAACGGUGCCCCGUCCGAGCCACAAACUCCACCUCGCGGCAACCGUAACGCAUCCGCAGAACAUACGGCAACUCCUCUCGCUAAAACGGGGGUUGAGAAUGUCCGUAAACGGAAGCAAUCACCGCUGCCCACGCCUCAAUUAGACCCCCACACACCGUCGAAGUCAUCCAAUGUCGCACACCAUGCUGCACCCGCAACGCCGACCUCUGCAGCUCGUCCCACAAAGUCGCCUCGGUAUGAUCCCGAAUCGCCAUUGGCAGAUAGGGAGAACCUAGUAGUGCAACGAACAUCGUCACCACCGUUACCCUCAGCAAAACGCCGCAGGCUUGACAAAUCUGCCGAUUACCCCAGACCGACAGUCGGUAGCUCGCUCAACCCCCAUCACUCGUCGGCAUCUGGAUCAACGCAACCUCUGGAGAAACCCCCUUUACCAGCCCUCUUUCCAGCUACAGCCGAGAGCAAGCCCGCAGAUAGGCCUAAGGACGACUUGAGGCAACUGCGUAAGUUGUCCACGAAGAGCGCUACUAUGCGUGACGCACCUGGUCAUACAUCGCGUGAAGACGCAGACAAGUCUCGGAGACAGGUCUUGAAGAUCCAGCGCGAGCUGACUCUGGAGAAACUCUUCCAAGCCCGGCCCGACCUUGCGACGCAGAGCUACAUCGCCAAGCGUGAGCGCAGACUGUCCCGUGCACAACAACAGGACAGUAAGCAACGCAUCCGGGGGCUGCAGCCUGAAGCCACGGUACGCUUCGAAGAGGACUUGAGCGUCGGCCCAUCUACCAGUAGGUCGCGUGUUACCAGUACGAUGCGCGCCCUCGACCAGUUACCGUCGCAAGACUACGAAGACGGAGGACCCCGAGUCAGCAGGGAGCGCAGCGCUCUAAUAGCAGAGCGGUUUAGGCAAGAGAUCGCCAAGGGCAAGAGGCCCGGACUGGUCAUCCCGCGAAUGCAGUGCCUUGAGAGUCAAGAGGAAGGACAAUAGAUGCCAAUGGAGAGCGUUUUCGGCAAGUAUCAUUAUUCAUUAUGUAUCGGGCCGUCGUCCCGCCAGGAUUCCAAGUGUUAGUGUCGUCCUAGCAAUUGUGCGUAGAAACAUAUAAUACUAGUACUGUGUAGUUUUGGAUGCCCUAGUAGCACGAAGACAUUCAUUCGAUUGCUAGCGUGCAGCCUGAGCCAGUACCCGCCGAGCGCGGCUUCCCCACGGUCUGUAACGCCCGCGGCGAGGAGCUUGUCUCGGU